AACAACUACAAAGUCUUUCUCAAAGCAACUUUUCUUGUUUCUUUCCCUUCUCCUUUAAACACAUCCCCCUUAGCUACAAAGGACUAAGCCUUUAUUUUAGCAAAAAAAAAAGGAUUAACCCUUUUUUUAAUCAAAACAAGUACACCGCAUAAAGGAAAAAAAAGCGGUCCAUGGACAAGAAAAAGUCAGUAUCUGGUUCCUCCUCAUCCUCCUCUUCUUCAUCUUUCGAUCAUCUUUUUGGUCCAAGAGUCUCUUCCUCGUCUUCUUCAUCAACAACAGGGUUGUUCCAAUCCAUUUUCCCACCACCCUCAAUGGGGGCGGAAGCGGACUUGGCAAAUCGAAAUGGAGCUGCCAUAUAUCAGCCUCCAGGUUUGGGGCUUCCAAAUGAAAGAGGAGGAGAAAGGAGAAAAAAUAAGGAGAGAAAGCGUUACCAAAAUGAAGAAACACAACCACCAUGCAACUUGAGCUCAUCCAUAUAUUAUGGAGGCCAAGACAACUAUUCCUCUUCAACCCCACCACAAGCAACAACCAAUCCAGAUGUUUACAAGAAAGAUGGAGAGGAAGGCGAUUCUGAAAGUGCUUCACGAGGAAACUGGUGGGAAGGAUCUCUUUAUUACUAGUUAUCUAUCCUAGCCGAGGAUGCAUUAUAAGCAACGGAACCUUAAUCAAGUGAAAGAUGAUGAAAGUUGAUGUUCUGAACUAUACCUAGAAAAUAUAUAUCUACAUAAACUAGCAGUAAUGUAAAAGUAUAUAUACAGCUUAAAAAAGGGAGAAAAAAAUAAUUCUCACUAUAGUAUCUAGUGUGUAUUAUAUAUAGUUUAAGAUGAAAUUAUCGAAUUUAUAUUAUAUAUAAAGGGGGUAGACUCGUUCUUGUUGAUUAUGUAUGUUUCGACAAAGGCAACAAGCUAGACAAGUCUCUUUAUAGUGAAAUUAACGUCUAUCGAAAAGUCUUUGUAUUUAGUUUGAUAUGAACUCCAAUAUAUCACCCAUGCAUGCUGCUUCCG